GGAAUAUUCCCACAGAGUAUUGGAGUUUUGCGCAGUAGUAAGUUGGGAAGGGGGACAAUGCAGCGCGCGCGACAUCACACUUGACAAGUUUCCUUUUUAUCUCCUACUUUCUUUGUAGUGUUGGUUGGCUCUCGUCGAACGUUUAGAACGGGGCAUCUGGUCGUUUUCUUACAAGGUUUUAUCAGUCUUGUUUUGUCUCGGACGUCAGAGAGUUAAAGUCUUUCGAGGGGGGCAAUUGGUCUGAGAAAUGCAACCGUUAGAUGAACGGUAUGCGCGAGGACCGCCUCAACCUCAACGCAUGCAAACCUAUGAAAUGUACCCUACGCGCGACCCAACGGCUCGUCCAAAGCCGCAACACCAGCAGCAGUUGUCAUCUCAAGGUUUUUAUGCGCUUGGGAGCGGUGAACCGCAUGCAGGCGCGCAACAGCAAGCGCCAUCACAUUACGAACUCUAUCCAGCUCCUGUACCGCACGGACCUGUUUAUCCAAUGUAUGUGGAUGGAUAUCAUCAAGGAGCGCCUGCGGUACGACCUACGCAGCCACCGCCAGGGCCAGCAACGUUGAUGCCGAUGCCUGUUAGCGCGGCCUAUGUCGAACCUGCGCAAAAUACAUGGACAUAUACGCGCCCUCAAGGAGCUUCCCAAACCUCUCCACAAAGCAUGAGUCUUCCACAGCAAGCCCCACCGCAACCCCCGCAACAAUCCCCACCGCAACCCCCGCAGCCAUCCCAGUACAGGAAUCAGCCUGCAUCGGCUCCUUCCAUGCAACAAAGGCCCAUGGAAAAAACUCGGCAAACGCAAGGUCAGCGGACUGACUAUCGCCUUCGACAUGCAAAUAGUCAAACACACCUGAUCCCAUCUUCGUCUGCCUCAUCUGUAGUCUCGGCACAAACAAAUCCAGCGUCUAUCAACCUUGGGCCUCCCGACAAGCGUUCCUCAUAUCAAGUGCGAGCGCUUGCGAGGAAGGCACUAAGUUUCCAGCGGCGUCAGUGGUUUACAAACAUUUGCUGUAUUGGAUUGUGUCCAUUGAUCAUGGUUUUGGUGUCAAGCAUUGUCGGAUUCGUCAUUGCCAACAUUGUGAGAAACCAGGAUCGCGGGUUUGACAUUGUUUACUGCUCCGAUCGUGUGUCAGUAAAUGAGCAAAACUGGCCGAUAUUCAACUUCACUUCGCCGGGUAUCUUCAAUACGACACCAGGAGUUGUUCCCCGGACGUCCCGUGUGACCAAACACGUCAACUUCUUCAGCGUGAUAUUGUUGGCGAUUGCAGACUUGGAUAUUACUGGAUCAACCACACGGAGUGCCCAAGAUUUGGUGACGGAGACACCGUGCGUGAGUUGGUUUGGGGAGGCAUAUCCGAGGGAUGAUCAAAAUAUCUACCAGAGGGUUCUCAGGAAGCAGCAGAAUGCGUAUGCAAUCAAGGACAGUGCGUACACAUCCGAAGUGUCCAGUGGUUGGUUGGACAUUUUGGCACCGCAGAUUUUGGCGGAUCCAGCGGCUCUACGACAGGCAGUCAGUCUUGCGCGGUCAUUCGCCCAGUAUCAAAUGCGACCUUGGGCACUUGUCGGAGCCGCCCCAAAUGUAAACCCGGCCGAUAUUGGCAGUGCACCGCAGCAACCGCCCUUGACAAACCUCAAUCAGAUUCCUAAAACUAUUGGCGGCGGACCGGAGGUUCCCAUGUUUAAGCCUGCGACCUCCGCAAAUGGUCUUUUAGACACAAUUGAGCCGCGUUGGUUUGUGGAUGUGGAUGUGAAUGCCCUGGUUCUCAAGAGCUUACAACAGGUUCCGUACUUCGAGCUCAACCCAACCGCAUUUGGCACCGUGCCCCAACUAGACGCGGAACUUGGACAACGAUUAAACAAAGUCUUGCAGAACUUGGCUGGAUUGGACAAACACGUGAUUUUCGAUACCGCACCAUCCUCCGCUGAUGUUAUCAAGUUCUUCCAGGAUGUGAUUCGUGUUUCAUCUGACAUGCCAUAUGGGUAUGUCUAUUUCACCAACCUGAACCAUCCGACGAAAAACUAUGCGUACACGAUGGCUAUGGGCACGGACUCACGGUUGUCUAAUGCUGCUGGCUAUCCUACCGCUGGACGACGACAGCUUGUUCAGCUGUCACAGCUGUCAAAUGCUAUUCUACGAUUCAGCAAUCCGGCAGCUCUGGGAACUACGGUGAUCACUCAAGGCACGCGUCUGUUUCCUCAACUGAGUGAUGGAAAGAUUAAACUUCCCAUCAGUGGGGCGAUUGGAAGGAUUCUGUACCCCUUUGGAGUGUCGUUCCUGUUGCCUAUCUUUACGAUUGUGCUGGUUCGUGAGAAGGAGGACAGGGUGUUGAUGAUGAUGCGUAUGAACGGUCUUAGACCCGGAAUCUACUAUCUAUCGCAUUAUGUGACCUUCUUUGUCCUUUAUAUCCUAUCGACCACAAUAUUUUUGGUAUCGGGCGUUGCCGCGCGUCUAGACAUGUUUAUUCGAACCGAAUUUUCAGUCCUGGUUAUCUUGUUCCUAUUGUGGGGUCUUGUGCAAAUUGCUUUGGCCUUCUUUUUCGCAAGUUUGUUCAGCAAGAGUCGGAAUGCACUUGUAAUGGUGUUCCUUACGGUUCUUUGCGGCGUGAUUAUAUCCCUCGUUACGGAUCAGCUGUUUGCGGAUAAGAGUGCUCCAGCGGGGUUCUUUUUGUGGCCUCCUUUUGCCUUUUACCGAUGUCUGGGAGUGAUCAAUAAUGCGUCCUUUUCUGGGAAGAGAAGGCCUUAUACGCUCGACAAUGUCACAGUGGGUGAUGAGGUCUUCACUGCUAUGAUCUUUAUGGCCGUUGAGACUGUGGUGUUCAUGGGGUUAGCUGCAUAUCUGAACCAAGUCCUUCCCUCCGAAUUUGGAAUCCGCAGACCGUGGCAUUUCCCAGUUACGUCCUUUUUGGAAUCCAAGAAAGCCAAGGGAAGCUCGUCCACGGCUCAACCCAAUUCGGCCGUCGAUAUUGGAUCUGACGAUGAGGAUGAGGAUGUUCGAAUGGAGCGAAAGCGAGUUUAUAAUAACGAGUAUCGCGCCGAUUGUCCGCUAGUGAUGAAAGGCAUGCGAAAAGCCUAUGCGCCUCGUAACGGACGCAAGACUCCGAAAAUAGCUGUCAAAGACGUUACACUCGCCAUCGAAGAAGGCGUUGUAUUUGGUCUUCUCGGACCCAAUGGCGCGGGCAAAACGACUCUCAUAUCAAUCCUGACUGGCCUCUAUUCUGCAACAUCCGGCAAGGCAACCCUCGCCUCCUACGAUAUUGCGACCCAAACAUCACAAGUGUACAAAAUGAUUGGUGUUUGUCCCCAAUUUGAUGUCCUCUGGGAGGAUCUGACCGUAGAUGAACACAUUUAUUUCUAUGCGCGGUUGAAGGGCAUUCCGGCGAAGAACGAAGCCAAGGCAGUUGCGGCGAGUUUGGAGGCUGUCAAGCUGACGGGUUAUGACAAGAGAUUGGUGAAGGGGUUGAGUGGCGGAGAGAAGCGAAGGUUGAGCAUUGCUAUUGCGCUUGUAGGAAAUCCAAAAGUUGUGUUUCUGGAUGAGCCAACGACCGGUUUGGAUCCAGAGGUUAGACGUGUCAUAUGGAACAUUAUCAAUUCCGCUCGAGUCGGCAAGACGAUUGUGCUGACAACGCAUUCUAUGGAGGAAGCUGAAGUAUGCUGCCAACGAAUCGGCAUCAUGUCUAAAGGCUCUCUCCGAUGUCUUGGGCCCCAACUCCGCCUCAAGCAGCUCUACGGCUCGGGUUUCAAGCUGUUUAUAACAUCCGAAACCACCUCAAAACUGGCCCGAGCCUGUGCGUUUGUUGAAGGCGAGGUACUGCCCGGCCGUCAACUAGCGAAAUGGGGUACGCUCAAAUCCUCAGCGGAAUAUGAAGAAGCCAUUGGAACGUGGCAAAAAUUGGAAACCUUUUCCACGACAGUGUCUUAUAUCUUUACUCCAGAGUUUGAUGGAGAUAUUGCGCGUGUUUUCGAGGUUAUGGCAGUGGGGGGCCCGCGAAAUGGGGUUUGUGAUUGGGGGGUUACUCAGACUAGUUUGGAGGAGGUAUUUGUGAGAGUUAUCAAAGUGGGUGAAGAAGGUGCUGAUUAGAGUAGUAAUGUUUUUUUUUGUGGUUUAGAGAUGGUGUGUUGUACUUUUUGUGUAGAUACUUUUCGUGAUUUUUUGUAUAGACAAACCAUAGAUUUUUGUGCUCUAUCCUCUUGUUUUCUUUUUCUCAGUGCCUUUUAUUAUUGCAUUUGCAUUCUAAAAUAGCCAAG